UAUCUAAUGAAUGAUGAUUGUCCUGAUGACGGUAUUUAUUAUCUUUUUGACUUCUGUCCCCUGUUCUUGAAAAGCAGCAGAUUCCUUUUUCCUUUCUUGAUCCGCUUCAGCUUUUUUUUUUUUCCUAUUAUCUCUAUUGUUUUUUGUUUUUUUUUAGGGGCACAGGCUGAAAUGAAGAAGGCCGGUCAUAAGGUUGAUACCGCAACAACAAAUGCCAACCAUAAAGCAGAUGGUGUCCUUAAGGCUCAGAAAGAAAACCUGCCAAGGAAAAAUGUUGCUCCCAAAGUUCACAAAGGGAUUUCCACCAGGUAUGGGCAACAGGCAGAGCUCAAGGAGCAAAAUCAGCAGUUGAUCGCGACCAAUGAGGAGCUGCAGAAAAACCUUGUGGAGACACAGCAAAGAGUAGCUGAGUUAGAGCUGCAGUCCCACGACCUUGAAAAGGAAAAUUCAGAGGUGCAGAGAAACCUGAAGGACUGUCAUGUGCUCCUUGUUGCUGCUAAAAUAGAUCCAGUUUUAGGAGAAAGGGUCGGAGAAGCUGCACAACAAAAGGAAGAUCAAAGAAAAGAAGUUAUGAGUGUCUCCGCUGACCUGCUGCAUGAAUUAAAAGCAUUUGGAGACAUUGCAUCCCAGCAACAGGCUCAACUAGAGGAAAUCCAAGUGACAAUUACAGACCUGGCUAAAGCACGGGAACAUAUGACGCAGGAGAGGGAAAACUUCUCCCUGGAGGCCGCUGAAAUGGAACAAGCUCUCAAGGAAGCAGAAGCUCUCUUGUUGUAGAAGUGUCAAAUAAUUUCCCACCUUCAAACAUUGAAAAUAAAAGAUAAUAUUAAUGUAUUUUUUGUAAUGUAAGUGUGAUUGAAACUGAAUAAAAGAUUUCUAUUUCUCA